ACCGUGUCAGAAUCAAGAAUCCAGAGAAGUCUUGAUGUCGACCAUGCUCUAUCACUGAUAUAAAGUAAAUAACAAGAUUUGACUAGGACAGGAAAGGGGAGCCAAAACACCAGACCCCAAAAGGCUUUACAACACAUCUAGUGCGUCAUUGGAGCCCCAAGAACACCUGUCUCCAAAUAUGUUCUUUGGACUCAGGGUAUUUGACCACCACCUUUAGACGAGGAUAUUGUACUUUCAGUAUUAGACCACCGAAAAUCUACAUUCACCUUGAGGUUCUAAACAUUUUGAGCUUCACAUUGUGUCGAAAAUAUUCUACAACCAUCGUUUGUCCAAAGAUAUUCUGCCUUCACUUUGGGACUGCAUACAUUUGGCAGUCAUAAUAUCAGGACUUUGGAUAUUCACUCUGUUGGGGAAAAGGAGAAUUUCCUGUCACGUUGGCUUUUGGGAUAUUGGACUUCCAGCUUGUAACCUGGGACAUUUGACUUCUACUUUGGGUGUCAGGAAUUUAUUGCAGGCACUAUGGGAAAGAAAACGAAAGUGGAGGCGUUUGAGGCUUCUGAUAGAAAAGAUUCUCCUCUCAAAUCAGGAUAUGACCCGGGUUAUAAGGGACCGAAACAGAAGAGCAUUUUUGUACGGUAACCCCAAGCUUCUGAUUUACCCUCAAGACUCCAAUGGAAAUCUUUGUGGCCAGGGCGACUUUAAGGACAGGCCUUACCUCUUUUUCUUCGAUCUGGUCAAGUGUGGUCGAAUGGGACCUGGCGUUUUCGUCAACGGAUGCCCGACGCCACAAGUGUGCGUCUCCAAGUGUCCGGAUUCCAACUAUAUUGCUGCACAAGACUAUGAUUCGACCAACCUGGACGAUCUCAUUUGCAUAGAUUCCAUAAACAAAGACACCAAUACAAAGAAAGUUCAGGACUUGGUUCUGGAUGAGGAGUGUGCUGCCUACUACUUAGACAGCACAGUUGUGACUGGCAUUUGCUGGUAUUUCUACCUGGAGGAGAAAGAUCAGAACAGAGAAUUCACGGUCUACCUGGUGUGGAGACUGACCUUCCAGAAAGAGGACGUUUUCUUAGCUGGAGGGCUUAUCUUUGGUGUUAUUUUCAUCAUCGUUUUUCUGCUGCUACUGUUUCUGUGUCAACGAAUCAGGAUUGCUAUUGCACUUAUUCAACAGGCGAGCAAAUUUUUAGCGUCUGUGGGCAGAGAACCCAAGCCAUCGGAGAACAAUGUCACAUUUGCCAACGGUUCUAUUAACGAAGAGGCUGUGAAGAUACAGGCUAAGGGCCUCUUUGAAUAUGUGGGCGACUGCAACGAAACUGAAAGUGAUGCCUGUGAAGCUUUUAUCAAGUUCGAGAAAGGAGACUACACCAUCUACCUGCAACUGUACAACUUGUUCAUGCUGUUCUGGCUGGUCAACUUUGUGGCUGCACUGGGUGACCUCACUCUGUCUGGUGCCUUUUCCAGCUACUACUGGGCCUUCAACAAGCCCAAGGACAUCCCAACCUUCCCUCUCAUGGGUGCCUUCUGGAGGUCCUUCAGAUACCACCUGGGCUCCCUGGCAUUUGGUUCAUUGCUCAUCGCCAUUGUGCAAGUCAUUAGGACCAUGCUGGAGUAUCUCGACUCCAAGCUCAAGGCAUCGGAGAACCCUGUGGCCAAGUUUUUCAUGAAAUGCUUAAAAUGUUGCUUUUGGUGCCUUGAAAAAUUCCUGCGUUUCCUCUGCAAGAACGCGUUCAUAAUGAUGGCGGUUUAUGGAAAGAACUUCUGCGUGUCAGCAAAACGAGCUUUUGAUUUGAUUCUGAAGAAUGUUGUUCGGGUGUUUGUUCUGGACAAGGUGACAGACUUCCUCCUCUUCAUUUGCAAGCUGGUGGUGGUGGGUGCCACAGGUGUCAUCAGUUACUUUUUCUUUGAUGGGAGAAUCACCUUUGUGGAUGAGUACCGUCCAGAACUCAACUUUUACAUUGUUCCCAUCAUUUGGAUGACAUCGAGAGAAACGACGGCUCCCCGGAGAAGCCUUACUUCAUGGGGAAAGAGCUCAUGAAGCUUCUUGGAAAGAAAAACUUGAGGCCAAAAACUGAUGAUGAGAAAUAAUGAGCUUCUCAGCGAACAGGGUGUUCUUGGAUAGGACAGGGUGAAUAACUCAUCAGGAGAAGAACGGACGUGGGAAAGAUGACAAAGCUUCAGAGACAAAUUUUGGAGGAACUGCUUUGGACAUAGAGAAAGACUCAUUUAUGGGCCAUGGACAAUUGACCGAGAGUUUUCAUUUUUUAUGUUUUUUAUUGUCCCCAUUCCUGUUUUCAACCGUAGUUUUCUUUUGGCUGUUUUCUACUCUGUUCUUUUUUGGUUUGGUCAUAUUCAUAUUCACCUGUCUACCUUUGCCAUGUCAUUGCACUUGUUAUUGGUCAAACUCAAAUAUUUCAAUUGUUUUAAAUGACUGUCUUAUCCUAACUUGCCAAGAAAAGGGUUAAAGAUGUAGAGCAGAGGAGCCAUACAAGUUGUAGUAUACGCAAAAUGCUCGUGACUAGAAUCAGAGUAUAAUAAGUAUGUAACAUCUUGCUUGUCAGUUGGUCAAAUUACGUGUACAUCAUCAACGCUUAUUUACCUACACUCAAAAAAGAGUUUAUAGUUUUGUUUAUAUUUCUUAAUUGGGAAAUUAGAAUAAUCUGGAGUUGAAUGCUACUGUUAUAUGUGCUGUUGGUGUUGUUGCUGUUUUUUUAUGUUACUUCUCAAAACUGUAUUCUUAACACAUUUAUUCUAUACAAUACUCUUUUGUAAAGUAUCAAGAUAAAUUUUGAAUGUUUGAGAAGAAAGCAAAACCUUUGUUAGCACAUACUCAUUGCAAUAUAUUCACCAACGAAAUUCAUCAAGCGUGUAGGAAAGUGUGAGGAGGGUAAAGACGGACUGGCCAAAGUUUCAGACAAGAUGAUCAAAGUGAGCUUGAUGAAGAAGAUCCUUUUUACUUUUUUUUAUGACAUUGCUUAUUGUUUCUGUGUGGUUGUGCCUUAUAAUUCCACAAUGUGUCUUUCAAUCCGAAUCAUGUUCUUUUAUCGUUAUCCUAGCUCAUUUAAUAUAUUAUAAUAAUUACUUUAAACUUUUAGUUGUUUUUCUUUUUUCUCAGUAGUGGACUAUAACUUUAAGUUGUCCUUUUAAUAUCAAUUUAAUAGGCCUAUCGCUUUACAUUUACGCUGAAGCCAGGAAAGGACUCCAUGUACUAAUUCUGUCCUAUACGCUUAUCGAAACGCAGUCUGUAUUGCAAAGUCCUUUAGUGACUACUGAUAUUGACAUUCAAAUGACUGUAGGCUACUUAAUUUCAAAGGGUGACGGUAACUGGUUUUUAAUUCUAACAUGUUUUUUUGUAUUUUUCGUGCCCUGAUUGUAAUAGGUGUAAUUUUAAUGAUCCCCUAGAUUCAUUUGAAUAUUUCAUUUCUUUGACAGCAGGGUUUUUACAUAAAUGUCUAAAUGUGUAUGCUGUCACACAACUUUUUGAUCAGAAAACAGCAAGGGACUAAAUGUUUGCAAAGGGUUUUUUGUUUAUUUUAUGAAAGUAUAAAUAGUCGUAGACUUUUGAUUAUCAGGCCUCACAGUAGCUUAAAAAGUGUAGCUUAAUGAAGAGAUAAAAUUACAUGUGUGUGUCAUUUGAGACCAAAAUGUUCAUUAAAGUGCAUAUUUAUGUGAAGUAAGGAGUUACCUCUAAAAGUGGGACUAUUUAUUUGAAAACUGCCCAAGCUAGUGGUGAGUAACCAUUUUUUGACCAUGUUUAGAGUGGCAGAUUUCCCGACGAAUGUGGAUCAUUAGCUUGUUGUCAACUUAUGGACUAGCACAUGAAUUGGUUCUAGAAAUACGCCAGCAUUUAAUGAAAGGUGUUUCUUAAGAUCUAAUUCCUUCGCCCCCAAAAUAUAUAUAACGUGACUUACAGAUACUUAUACUUUUUAUUGACUUUACAUUUAUAUAUAUAUAUUAGUAUUCAUGUUGAACCCAUGGAACUGCUUAAUAUACAUGACCAUGAAAAUUCCUUAUAUUUUAGACCUGUGCAUGUUUUAUAUGCGUAAAAAGCAGGGUUAUGUAAGUACAGUCAAACCUUGUUGUACCACCAGCCCCGUUUACCGCCAGGUUUAGCCAGUCUAUGAAAAGGAACGUCUAGCUAUAAACAUUUUAUUUAUGCUUUUACACCGCCAUCCAUCAACUGUCCGAGUUGUACUAUCCUUAUUAAACUAAACUAAAUUUGUCUCGCUGUACCGCCUGCAAAUUGACUUCCAGAGGUAUGCACUACACUCGGCAUACAACAUCCACUGGUUGGCUACUUCAUAAUCUUUCUCCCAUGAGAAAGACAUAAAGAUAGAGAUAGAGAAAACCCUCGGCUCUGAAUACUUGUGCGUAUAUCAUCAACAAAAAGACACUUUUCAAACACAGAUCGCACAGCAGAACCAUGUUCCUUGACAUUAGGCAGUCGGGGCUAUACAACAGAGAAACCCCCUUGAACCGCCUGCCCCGCUGCUGCACCAACUUUAAGCUGGUCCCAAGGUCGGUGGCGGUAUAAUGAGAUUUGACUGUAUAUUGUAUUAUAUUCAUGUUGAAUAAGAAAUCCAGUUUUUUUCAUACCAGUGUGCCUCAAUAUACUUGUUUUACUGAAACUAUAAAGCAUUAAACUUUAAAUGAGUUGGGCCACCUCCUGCUAUUGGCUUUGCACUCAGGUAAAAAUGUAAGAUUGCAAAUACAAUCUCUUUAAUUAAAAAAGAAAAAAAAGAUAGAUGCCUCCCAACUUUUCCACUCUGGUCAAAUUUGUUUCAGAAGUGUUUGUAUAAAAGUAGAUGGCAAUAAUUAUCAUUUUAGUUGCUCCAAGGAAUGCAAAUUCAACGCAUUGCUUUUAACAGAUUUUUACCAAGGAAUAUUCGCUUGGACUUGGGAUAAAUUCCUUUUUUUUAAAUGUAACUUUCAGAUUAAAAUAAAAUUUAUAGUCUAAGCAUAGAUGGAUAAAGCAUUUCAUUGCACCGUCACUUUGGAUGAUUGGUUAAAGUGAAAAAAAAAUUAAUGGAAAUAAAGGCAAAAAUACGAAGAGCCUAUUGAAAGCCUUUACGUACUGGUAGCCUACAGAGCAGUAAAGAAAAUAAAAAGAACGUUUAAAUUAGUAAAGGCAGUUACCUGCUCAGAUGGUACUUACUGCAGGUUCUCCUUGUUAGUUCAGUUUAAUCAAUUUUGUGUACAUGUAAUGUAAUUCUACUUUAUUUUAUUUUCUGUUCAAAUCUAAACUUGGGCUAUUGUGGUGUAGGAGCGUAAUAUUACUAUCAUUACAUUACAUGUAUUACAUUGCAGUGUUUGUGCAGUAACAUUUUUUUGCUGAUUCGGCAAAAAAAUAUUGCAUGAUUGAUCUACAUUCCAAUUUAUGCGAGGGUCCCGGGUCCAGUAUUACAUUUUUCAAUUUGGUAAAACAAAGCCUUUUUUAAUGCAUGGCUGGUUUCCACGCAUUUUGUGCCCUUCUGUAUACAUGUAAUACAUUUGAUUGAACAUGUAAGUACAUUUGUUUGAACAACCCACUUUCUUUAUUUCAGCAGUUCAUGUAUUAUUUUAGAGCAACAAUAGCACUUUAUGAUUUACCUUUAAUUCCAGAUAUCAAAUGACUUCUGAUGCCAAGAGAAAAAACAGUUUAUGAAAAUUAGACAUCUGAGGCUGGAAGAAAAUCAAAAAUUUGAUUUGAAAAAAACAACAACUGGUUGUUUUUUAUUUUUUCUGUAAGCUUAUUUAUAAACCAAGAAACAACUGAAGAUUCAUCUUACAGAUCUACUUGAAAGUCAUUUUGAAAUAGUUGAUCAUAGUCCGCAGGGGAAUCAAUAAUCAAGUAGGCUACUCUGCCGACUUUACCAGUGUUGUUUCUUUUUUCGUAGCUAUAUAUUUGUCGACGGCUAUUUUUAUAAUAUACAUGUAGGCCUACAUAAUGUGAAUAUUGAUGUCACUACGCGGAAGAAUCAGGCGUUGGUCAUUUCUUGAGUGUGUGGGGUUGUUGAUAUCAUCUUAAAGCUUGUUCAUUUUCAAUGCUUUUGAUUUUAAAAAAUGCCCUUAUAUCUUGAAUAAAAAUCGAGAUAUUCACAAUGUUAAUCGAAGUCUAAUUUUGCACUCUGGAAAUUAUGUAUUCUUACUUAAGGGAUGAGAAACGGGGAUGGAGCUUAGAUACAAAUACAUUGUAAUUGUAUUUGUCAAAAAAUGUUGAAUUGAGACCAACUGCAACAUAGAUCUUGUACAAGAAACUGAUGAGACAGGUUUAAUGGAAGUUCAUAGCCUAUUAAUUUAUCAAACACUCGUAUUUUUGUAAAGACAAUCAAAAACAAUGAAAUGAAUGUUAUGGGUGUGGACUAUAAAAUAUGCCUACUUCUGAGUCUCCUUUUCUUUUUCCGUUUUAAUACUUUUUUCCCCCCAAAAUCAAAUUCAUUCAACAGAACGUACAACAACCCCUUAAAGUAAGUGAAUUUUCUCUUGUAGCCUACAAAGCUUUUUCUUUUCAGGCUGCUAAAUGUUACUUCAUGCCGGCCUACAUAUAAUGUCAUUAAUCUCCCUGCACAUAGGCUACCCAUUCCUGGAGUGUGUUGGAAGGAAGGGGGAGGUAAUAAUAAAUUGAUCCUCCUCAUGACGAGUGGGAGAUAACACCUUCCUUCUGAUGGAAGGUUCAAAUAGCUAUCUAUGCUCAGAUAAACAUGAAAGACCUCUGCUCAAUUGACCUUGUUCUCCUUGUUCAAAAUGUUCUAUGAGAGUGAAACAGUGUGUUCAACUCAUUCAAAAGCAUAAAUAUAUUUAUUGAGAACAAUAUACUAAAGAAACGAUGGCAGUUGCAGGUGGUUGAUGGGCGCAACUGGUUCGUCCUACUUCUCUUUUUUCCCUCUAUUGUUUCUGUCUGUCCGUCUUAUUUUUACCCAGCAUGAAAUGACCAACAUAAAGUCGAUGUGCCUCUAUUUAUUAAACAAACGAUAGCAGUUGUACUUGCAACUCUAUCUAACUACAUACUUCUGUGGUGUAAUGCCCGGCUUUAAAAAAUGUAUGCUCAUUUCCCAAACAGGGAAUAUUUCAAAAAGGUUGUCAUCAUCUUUCUGGUGGGAUGCAUUCUUCACAGACAGGACUGAAGCAGACAGCCUCAUAAAUUAUCUAAAUCUAAAGAGUGUCGGCAGAAAAGCAAAAAAUACACUAUCACAUCUAUAGUUUUAUGCAUAGCCAGCAAUAUACUCUGCAGUAUUCUAUGCAACAAGUGCAAAUUUGUCUUGUUUCAUGUAACUGAAUUUAAUAUUGACUAAAUUGAUGUUCUAUUACGUAGGCCUACUUCUUCUACUGCAAUUUUUAUCAUGAUAAUUAUUUUGCCAAUAAAAAAGCCCAGUUAUUUCAUAUUAUAGCCUACAUACAUCACAGUGACUGCUUUAUCAACUCUUGUCUGAUCUAAGGCUUAACAUACAAUUUGUCAAUAAUAGCCUAUAUUUAUAUGCAAUUGCUGCGGAAAUAAAUCAUCUUUUGAAAAAGGAAA